AGUGCUCCUCGGGCGUACCUCUAACGUCUUUGAGCGGCGGAGGAUAACCGUCUGUGAAAGGAUUGUGCAUAAAUUCUACCUGGUAACAUAAAAAUUGGAUCCUUCUUUGGGUUUGGAGGUAUUUUUCCCUGCAAUGUGCAGUUGAUACGAUUGUGUGGCAAACUACUGAGAGCAAUAUUCAGAGGAAAGAAGUCUGUUUUAAGCUAUUACAACAUCUAAAGUUAGAAAUACCAAGAUGUAAACCAAGCUCUAUACCCCAGGAAGAAAAAGAAAAACUCUGAUCUGCAAGUCUUCAUUCAUCAUGUGCGAUAAAGCUGCAUGUGACAGGCAAAGCAAGUGCUCUUAUCUUCUUAGGAAGUUGCAAGAUUUCUUUCACCAUGAUAAGAUUGUGGAUGGAGAUGACAGUAUUAAGCAGUUGACUCAAAUCAUUGGUGUGGUCAGUGGCUGUGAUGAAGGUCAAGCCUAUUUUAAAGCUGUACAACAAUAUGUUGUGCAAACUAUGAUAGGGCUAUUAGAAGGUUCUGGAGACCACUUUAUCUUUCUACCUCCUGAAAGUGAUUUGUUUAAUGAAUCAAAUGCUCUUUAUCUUUUAAGUCUCCUGGCUUUUCAAGCUGGGGACACUGCUUGUUUGGAGGAAAUUGCAAGCUUCCCUCAAAGUUAUCCUAAUGAUGGUUAUUUGAUGAUCAGUGUGGGAGUGAUGUUAAGUCAGAGGAUGAAGUAUAAGCUUGGUGAAAAAUGUUUUUUGAGUGCAUUGAGUUACUUUGAACACAAACAGAAUCAUCUGGGCACUGUUGUUACCACUGUGAACUUGGCAGCCUUUCAUAAGAUUUGUGGAGACUAUCAGAAAGCUAAGUCUUAUUGUAAUGCUGCAGUUGGGUUUUGCUGGGAUUUCACAAGGACCCCAGCAACUGAUGUUCAUUUGAAAGUAGUCUUUAGACUUGUUACCCUAUCUCAAGAACUCACAGACUACAAAAGUUAUCAUGAUAUUCUGAGUGUUGCUGUGAAAUAUGACAUUGACCAGAUUAGAGAUACUUUUGCAGUGCAGCACAUGAAGCAGCUGAUGACUUUGCAACUGAAAGAACAUGAAGGUGAACAGAUUAAACAUGACAAACUGGAAGAACUUGCCUUACAACUGUUUGUUGCAGAUACAUUCAUACAAGCACAACCACUGACUGCUGACUUCAUAGCAAUUGUUAUGACAUUGGCAGAGAUGUACUGCACCACUAAGUGCUUUGAUGAAGCUAGGCAGUUGAUUGACAAGUUGGAGUCAACAUUCCUGCAUUUUAAUGGUGGAAAUUGCCCACUUUUUGGCUUUUUACAGUACCAAAUUGGCCACUUUAAAUUUAAGUAUGGAGAGGCUAGUGAUGCACAGAGUAGUCUCCUAAAAGCUGAGCAAAUAUACAUCCACUUCUUUGGGAUAGAGCAUCACAUGGUUGGAUCAUGCAAGAGUCUACAGGGUGCCUGUGCCUUGCAGAAAGGAAACCGUAAGGCGGCCUGUUAUUUUCUAAAGGAGGCUUGCAUUAUUUUUGAGGAAAUAAAUCCCCACCACCAAAAAGUAGGCACAAUUCUUUUGAAGUUAGCUGAUCUGGAGAGUGAGGCUGGAAAUUUUGAGAAUGCCAAAUUAACCAUUGAAGAAGCAUUGGAAAUGUUCAUAUUGUCUUGUGGUAAGGUCUCCCUUAAGACAGCCCUUGCUUAUCUUCAGGGUGCAUCUAUUCUGCAAAGGAAAGGAAAAUUCAUGCGUUCAGCUUUGGACAAAGUGAAAGAAGCCAAGGACAUCUUUAUAUACCAUGGCUUGCGCCAUGAUCAUCCAGAUGUUGCCUUCUGCCACUGUUUGCAAGGCCAGUUACUGCACUCCCUGGGUCAAGUCAAAGAAGCAGAAGAGGAGUUUCUCUUUGUACAUCAUCAGCUAUCAUCACAAGAUGACUUGUCUAUGAAGACCAAGGUUAUUACCCCUGAACUUUAUCGAAUGUUCUUUUUGGUAGAUACUGAUGGUCUUGCCCUCAAGGGUUCUCUCUGUUCCCACUUUCUUUCUCUUGUCAGUCUGGCUUGUAUGAAAACAGGAGAUGAAAAAAUGGGUCAUAUGAGAGAAAUGUUCAGCUGUUUGGAAGAGCUAGACUCCAGGUUCCUGACAGUUUCAGAUCAUUUGGGCAAACAUGUGCACUGUGCAUUACAGAUAAUUUUGGAGGCUUAUAUCCAGGUUUAUUGCAUUUUGAUUCCUGAUUCUGCUACAUCAUUAGAAGAGGAGUCCUUUUCAUCAUCAUGCAGUGGCAAGGAAAAGAGGCCAUCAGGAGAUUUUGACAAUGUGUUCUUGAUGUCAUCAUGCAGUGGCAAUGGAAAGAGGCCACGAUUUCUUCUCUUCUGGAAGACAUCUGAUGUCUUGGAAACAGGAGACUUGGGCUGUGUUACCUCUUCCUUCCGUGAAAGUGUUAAACUACUGUGUCUACAGCCUAAGUUUAGAAAAACUUUCCAUGAGAAACAAGAGUUUUUCAUGAAGCUGCCAAUUCAAGAGCAAUCACCUGCUGUACCUUCCCUCUCUUCCCGAAUUGACUCUCUUCCACUUCUAGUUGAUUUAGAGUUAUCAAAAUUGCACAACCAGUGUGACAGCAUAGAUAGUUCUCCCACUGCAUCUACUCUUUGGCCUUUAGCUCAUGUGUCUUACUUUUCCUUUAGAUUUUCUUCCUCUGAUAAGGCACUGCUUGUUUUUUUCAAGUGGAUUGCUAGUUUAAGUAGAAAACUGGAAUUGUCUGAGGUGCUCAGCAUUUCAACUCCAAAGAUCCCCUUGGCUUUACAUAGGAAUUGUGCAGUCCACUUUACUUUUUUGGACCCUAUUUGUGCCUCCUUGUCACUUGCUGUUGAGGAAGGAUCUGUUUAUGUAAAGUGUCGAGCAGUAAAAGAAAGUGGGUCAACUUGUAUUUGUUCCUCUGUGAAGUGUGCUUUGGAGAGCAUCAUGGAGUCUCUUGAGUCUGAUUUUCGAGGAUCAGGCUUUGAACAAACUCAGUGUUUGCCAUGUGUGGAGGAUGGUGGUGAAAAUGCUAAGGAGCCAACAAAAUGUUAUUGUCACUGUAAGGACUUUCAAGACAAAUCUUCCUGCAAUUCUGACCAAAAGUUGGAUUUACAUGCACAAACCAACUGGGAACCAGAUUCUGAUGUGCUAAAGAUAGGAAUGUCUGUUGACCUGUCACAGACUGAGGAUACUGAAAGCUUAUCAUUCACUGCCCACUCUGGAGACAAGAUUGGUACUGAUGUUUGUGUAAACCUUUUGGAGUGUAUUUUGAGAAACAGACAGUUAUCUUUAGAAAUACAACUUUCAGGCAACAGCAAUGGAUUAUAUACUACUGAUGGUACAGAAGAACAUGUUAACUCUCUUUUAACUCCUGUGUCAGCCUCAUCACUGAACAGUUUGCCCUUGAGUCAGUAUGAUGCCACAAAUGAAAACCCAGAGUUUAUGCAGAAAGCUUUGCCAUCUUUGAAGAAUGUCUGUGGAGAAACAUAUUCAGGAAAAGAGACAGGUAAUGUCUCAAACACAUCAUCAACUUCACAGGGAAUCUUUGUCAGCAGUCACUACCAUGAGAGUGCAGCAGUGAAGGCAAAUUGUGAAGAGGGUUGGAUUGCAAAGUAUCAUCCUAGCUCAGAAACCAAAGACAAUUUGCCACCAAAUGAAAGUCCUCAGGAGAAUUGCAGUGUUCAAAGCACUGAAGCAUGCUCUAACAAAGAGGAGUCAAAGGAGGAUCACAGAAUGGAAUUUGAUCAGCGUCCUGGACUUCCAUUGACCACAGAGAAUGGCAAAGGCACCAUUCUCAAUGGCAACCUGAUCUGUGAAUUGCAAGAUGAAGUUGUGUUCUACCAGGAUCAAUGCCAUGAACUAAGAGAAAAAUUGAUAAAAUUGAAAGAGAAAUUGAAGCUCUGUGAAGAGGAGAAACAAGGUCUUCAAGCUGAAGUAGGAAGACAGUUGUUUCUUGAAAGCAAAGAAAGACGAUGCAGCAAAAAGGUUUAUCAACCCCCCAGCAAACAUGCCAGUGGGACAAGUGAGCCUGUUGGAGUUAGAGGUGCAUCCCAUGACUUUUCAGGUACAGAUGCUAAGCUGCUUGGUGGUGCAGGUCCUUUAGAAAAAGCAGGUAUCUUGCUUCAACAAAGACUCCGGGAGAUCUCACUUUCCCUUUCAGAAUUGGAACUAAGCAGGAUCAAGAAGCUUGUUCUACCCAUGUUGGAUAGCUUUAGACUUGCCAGGAUCAGGGAGGGUUCAGAGUUGUUUGAGGAAUUAGAAAGAAGAGGGAAGUUUUCCUUUUCCUUUGUUAAAGAUCUUCUGGAAAGAAUCCAUCGUUUUGAUCUUGUAGAGAAACUUGAUGAACCUUUUCAUAAUGGUGGAGAAUCGUGUAGAAGGGAAUCUUUUUCACCUCAAGAGAGCAAACAACUGGUUGACAUGUCUGAAAGUGUUUCUGGUGUCAAUGGUAAACAAUGCGAUGAAAUGGAAGAAAGGAAAGAAAUAUUUGACAACACUGAAGUUGAUGAAGAGGAAGAAGUUUGCAACAAUUCCAAUGUAAACUCACUUAAUGGUGAUAAAGAGGGGGCUGCUCUUACUUUUCAUGCAGAGAAUGUGAAUGGAUCAAGGUUUUUUGGAGAUGUGGAUUUGUCACAGGAGAGAUACGAUUCAGCCUCAGGUUUGUCUCAGUCAUUUGAUGCGUCAAGUAUUGGAUUGGACUCCCGAGAGAAGUCUUGGUCACCUUCAUUUACAGUUGAACAAUUUGAAAGUGAAAAGCUGAAAGGAGCAUGUGCUGCUAAUGGCAAAAGGGUCAAAGAAGUUACUCAUGACUUCUCUUUUCCUGAUGGUGCAGAGACACAAUCUUAUUCUAAUCAUCACUUUAAUGACACUGUAGAUGGUGCAGCUAAUUUACCAGAUAGAGCCCAAGAUAGUUUAAAGCAAGAAGACUUAACUAGUGUGAAUCAAGAUUCUCUUCCAAAUGGAGACACAAAUCAGAGGCAAAAUGUUUCAGGUGCAAGGUUCACUGCUCAAAAGGACACAGCAACAGAUCUUUCUGACUCUCAUGUGAGCAGUCAGUCAAAGAAAUGGGAGCAUUUAGGGGCCAGGCCAAGAGACAGACCUCUUAAAACAGACAGAUGUCCAGAACCUUCUUUGCUAAACUCAUUGGAAGACUUGGUACCUCCACAAGUUGCUGGACCUGUGGCUCAUGGAGUGGCCAACACAUUCUUAGAAAGACACUCAGAAGACAAACAUCUUCAUGAAAGUUUAUAUUACACUAAUGUUGAGAAGAUGUUGACUGAGAAUUCUUCAUUACAAGGAGCUUCUCAUGUAGACAGCAUGGUAAACUUGACUGAGUCAAAUAAAGCUCAACUGUACUUUGGUGAAUGUCAAGUUCCUUUCAGGCCAGAUCCAUAUUCUCAAACAUAUGCAUCAUUGUUCCCUCAGACUAGUGGAGCAUGUAUUGGAGGAAAUAACAGUUCAAACACUGGCUUCAACUUAUUGAAUCCUAAUGUGGCCAACAAUUUUGUGCCUUUUACAGGACUGCAAGAUGGGACUUUUCCAUCUUUACAAAGAAAUGAAGUUUUUCAUUCAGGGUUCACUGGUUCAGGAUUGACCUCUGAUUUCAUGCAGCCCACAGGAUCUCAAAUAGGUGCCUUUAACACGUUGAAUUUCAAUUUAUCAUUAAAUGAGUAUGCUCUUGGUACAAGAGAGGCUCAAACACCACCGGAUGGGCAUUUUACAAGUUUACAAAUUAAUCAACCAAUUCACCUAGGGUUACAUGGUUCAGGCUUCACUUCUGACUUGACAGGGUCCACAAGGCCUGAAAUGACACAUUCUGCAACUGGUACACAUAGAAACAGUGACUUCAGAGGCAGUGCAUCAAUGUUACCUUCAACAAGAAAUUCUGGAUUAUUAGGAAGUUCAUCAGUUAACAAGCAAACCUAUGGUUUCCCUCCAGAUGCUUCCCCAACUUCAUCUUCAGGAGCAAGGGUUAAUGGAUCUGACAGCAGGCUUUUUUCAGAAUCAGAGUCAAGUAGAGUUAGUCAGUUAUUGCCAGUCACAACAGGCAGGGAUGGUUUGAAUACAUCUGAAGAGGUUAACUCUAGUAGCAAUGCAAUGAAUGCAUCUGGUGAUCAUUUGGCUUCUGGACAUUAUAGAGAAGGAAGCAGGGCCUAUAAUUCUUCAAGCUCUCACAUGAUAUCUGGUACUGAUACAGGGGAGAGUCAAUCUGGCGAAACUGAAGAUUCAGUCACAAACAGAAACUAUGGUACAGAGUCAGUAGAGUCUACAGAUAACUCCCUGCUUGAAUUGGAACAGCGUGUUGAAGAGGCUUGUGCAAUGGUGGAAAGAGUGCUUAGGGAGAGAGAAGAAAGAGAAGAGUUUGGUCGGGAAAUUGAAAGAAAAGAGCGUGAAAUUCGAGCAGAAAGAGCACGAAAGAAGAGAGAAAGAGAAGCAAGGGAGCUAGAGGAAGCCAGAGGAUGGCCUCAACAGCAGGAACCAGUUACUGGACAAUCUUUAUGGCUUUGUGAGCAUUACCAACGUCAUUGUAGAGUACGUUUCCCUUGCUGUAACAACUUCUAUUCAUGCCACCGUUGCCAUAACAAUUCCAAAGAAUGUGACAAUGAGGAAGCUAAAGCAAGUCAUGCAACUCACCUUAAAUGCAGCUAUUGUCAUCAUGAACAAGAGAUUGGUGAAGACAGUGGCAAGUGUCGUAGUUGUGGAGCAAAGAUGUCAGCAUACUUCUGUGCUAUUUGUAAACACUUCACCAGCAUUGACAAAAAUCCAUACCACUGUGAAAAAUGUGGAAUAUGCCGCAUACAUAAAGACAAAUCAUUCCACUGUGAUGUGUGCAAUGUCUGUCUCGACAAACGCCUUCAAGGAAAGCACAAGUGUAGGCCAGACUCUGGCCAUGAUGAAUGCUGUAUCUGUUUAGAGGAUGCUUUCAGUGGAUGUCAGAUUUUACCCUGCUCACACAAGGUUCAUCGAGAAUGUGCAAUAGCUAUGAUACAGAAUGGAAUCCGCACAUGCCCAGUAUGCAGACACCCAUUAUACAGCCCAGCUCCUGAGUGAAAAUUGCUGUAUUUCACGUUGGUAGCAGUCAGCUG